AAUGCAUCGAAUUAGAUAGUUGUCUAAUCAGUAAUUAUACAUUUAAGUAAUCAAUGAAUUAGUGGCGACGUUUUGUGUAUUUAUAUAGUGACAACAUGCAUAACAAACACAUCCCAGUUCACCAGAGACAAUGAAACGGUGCAACAAUUUUUCCCAGUUUAUCGAAAUAUAAUGCAUAUUUGUAAUACAAAAUCGAAAGAAAAACAUGGAAACAACCGAUGAAGGUAACGCCAACACAAAUAACUUUAUCAGUAAAUUGCUUGGUGAAAUGAAGAGCCAAUUUAUGGGUGAGACUGUCAACACUGAGGAACAAUCAAGACCCACCUGUGACAAGGUGGAACCGAAACAGGACGUAAGUUUAUCUAGUCUUAAUAAUGUAAAAGUGAAGACUGAAAAGAGUACAAAUGAUAAUCUAAGGACGACAAAAAAACCAGACACCUCUGACCCUCCUCCAAAGAGAUCACUCAGAAUCAAAAAUUCUGAAGAUAACCGCGAAGGGUUGAAAAGAAGCUCUAGACGGCGGAGCAAGGAGACACGCGAAACCGUUUUACAAAGUGCAAUAGCGAGAAAAGAGAAGUCCUUCACCGUCGCAAACAAACCGAUAAGGAGCACCCGACUGCUCAAACCGACGCAGAAGAUUUUGGAGAAUUUGGCGUACGCCAAACAAGAGAAAAACAAGAGUGAUAACCAAGAACUUGGUGCUAGAAAAAGUAGGAGGAAGCUGAAAGAAGCCAAAAAUAACAAAAAGAAGUCUGGUGAUAAUGAAAAUUCUGAUAAUGAACCAAUUGAAAUCAGGAAGUCUUUAAGAUUAUCAGCAAGCCGUACCAAAGACGAUUGUGAUACUGAGUGCGAACUAGUUGAUAAAAAAUUAUCCCAAUCGCAACUAGUAGAACGAACGAUGUGUCUGUGCACGAUAAGCACACGCCUCUUCAUGUCCGAUCCGGGAAACGACGAGGUAUUCUGCUGCGCCGUGGACUCGAUGGAUGACAAACUGAUCGGCUGCAACAGGCUGGCCGAUCUGGAUUCGCCGUUGCUGCGGCCCUCUCAACGGGUUCCUUAUACAAUUAUGUGUGAGCUGCACAGGAACAGGAUGCUGAGGCACAACUGUUGUCCCACCUGCGGCAUAUUUUGCACACAGGGGAUAUUUUUGGAAUGCGAAUCCAAACAUCAGUUCCACCUAAACUGUCAUGGCAUUGUGGAUGGUAAAUUUAAUAGUUGUCCACAUUGCGGCGACACGAAAUCGGCUUCCAGAAUUAAAAUGACGAUGCAGUCGCGAGGAGCACCAAUAAUACUUAAGUCUCAAACCAGCAAUUAUAUGGCCGUUAAAAUGCAAAGAGUAAUAUCCAGUGCCUCGUUAAACAAUAGUAAGUGUUUCGACUUCGUCCUCAACGCAACUAGAACUGGACGGACCCAGGAGUUAGCCACAUUAUUAACCACGUCUGUGAUCGACAUAAAUGAGAAGGUGCCAAACACCGAGGGCGGCACACUCUUGCACUAUGCCGCACGUAUCGGCAACCGACGGAUCGCACGGCUCCUCAUUCGUGCCGGGAUCGAAAUAGAUUUUAUGGACAAUAACAACAGCACAGCCCUAAUGGUUGCCAUCAUCUCUCGGAAGAACAAAGUGGCUUCCUACCUCAUCAAGAUGGAAGCCUCUGUUCACAUAAAGGAUUAUAAUGGAAUGACACCGUUGCACCUGGCAUCCAAGACCGGGAAUUUAAAGGUGGUCAAGCAAAUCUUAAAGUCGCCGAAAUUCGUAUGGGGCCUGAUCGAUAUGCAAGAUCGUGACGGAUGGACACCUCUAUGUUGGACGUGCAGCGACGCCACCAUUGACGUUUCCGGAUUUCUGUUGAGCUUGGGCGCCGAUCCGAACGUGCGCGAUAAGGAAUCGAACACGAUUCUUCAUUGGGUGGCGUUCAGCGGGUGUUUCGCCGGGAUGGAUCUACUGCUGGAAAACAAACGUACUGACAUUAAUGCAGUCAAUAUCCACAAUGAAACUGCCCUACAUAUUGCUGCUAGAGGUGACUGCUACUCUUGUGUCCAGUUACUUUUGGACAAGGGGGCGAAUUUAUCCCUUGCAAACAUACGUAACGAAACUCCAAUGGCCUGCGCACCCAUGUUGAGUCGAAGUUAUAGGUUAAUCUUUGAAAAGAUUCAAUCGACGUGUCACACUAUUAAAAGUGAAGGGGGUGGAGGAGUUAUCGCGCAAGCUAUUACGCCAUUAUGUUAUGGUAUUAAAAAAGCUGAAUCGUGUGAUCCGUCCUAUUUUAAUGCAGUAGAAGUUAUUGAAAUGUGUGAUUCCGAGGAUGAACCGGAACCAUCGCCCCCUAAACAGCUAAAAUUAGACCACGGUAAUAACAAAGCUGAAAAAGUAGUAGUACUGGAUAAUCAGCAAAUAAGUAACGUUCAUAUUUCUAAUUAUGAGAGACAAAUUGCCAUUCAAAAAGCAAUAAUUAAUAAUAUGAUGAACAUUAAAGGUUCGUUGCCAUCGAGUGAUUCCGAAAUUACAACCGAUUCGGAGGAAGAGGAUGUAACGGUAACAACAACAACAUACGAGUUGUCGACUAUUGGAAGUAGUCGAAACGACGGGCUUGUAAAAGUUAAAGAGUGCCAGUACAUAAUUGAACCAGAAGAAACAUUGCAUAAUAAAAAUGAAUCAAAAGUUGAACAUAAAAAAAUUAAAGAUGAACCUUCAACAACGCAAAACGAAGAUCAGAAUGUGGAAUUGGACGAUGAAAUUAUUAGAGCAUGCAAUAAUAUUUCAUUCCAAUCAGAAAAAUCCAAUUCUGUUACACCCGAGAUUGUAUCAACCAAUCACACAUUGGAGUCUACCAAUCAAAGUAUGCAAAAAAUUGAAGUGAGCGUUCAGAAUGACGCAUCAAUGCAAAUGGAAUCUAAGCCACCCAUUCAAAAGAUGUUCGUUGGUAUGGAAACAAUUGACGGUGAAUCAGAUGAAGAAGUUGUAUUUAGCAGUGCAAGAUUUAAUAAAACAGAAUCUAGUCCAAUAGUAGGCAAUGAAAUUUCUUUGACAGUUGAGCCUGACAUACAAAAUGACAUAUAUAAAUUAAACGUGGAAGAGUAUAAAAAAAUAAUGGACGAAUAUAUCGAAUCAGGUAACGAUUGUGUAAUGUCUGAAACCUAUGAUUCAAACUUUGCUAGUACUAACACUAAUGUACCAAGAAUUACUGACUAUGGUUAUGUUAAUUCAUCAUCAACUAAUUCCGUCAAUUCUGAUGAAAUGGAAAAUGAGAAUACUGCCUUAGACGAAUCUGAAUGUAACUUCAAUGUCAGAAGAAUUGUGGUUGCACCUGGAAUCUUCAGCAAUGGAACUGAACUUGAGCAAGGUCCACUCGCUGGGUCUCAGGAAAACAAUUCUCCGACAAUGAUCGAUCCGGUACAUGUUGGAAACAGCGAUAACGAAAUAAAUAGAAUUUCAGUUGAAUCCAUUUUUAAUCAAGGAAAUAAAUCUAUCGCUGAGUAUGGCAUUAGAAAAACCCCACCGGAGGAAGAGGCACAUCUCGAAUUUAAUGACGACCUUAUUGUUAUUGAUGAUGAUGAUGAUGAUGAUGAUGGGUCAGUUGGACCUUUUAAGGAUUCUGAACCCGUACUUGACUGUACAUUCGAUCUCAGAAAUGUAAAAACUGAACCAAUCGACGAGGAACCGGUUAACCCAGCUUGCAUCGAUCAAGAAAUGGACUGCGAUUCAGAUUACGACAACGACCAGGAUGAAUUUGAAGAUUUGGAGUUCCUGUCCGACGAUUCCUCAAGUAACAUUUUAAAUCAUUUUCCCUCUAAUUUCAACAGCACCUUUUCCAGAUUCAACCACCUCCUCUCCUUAGAAAAUAAAACGUCCCCUUCAUCCUCUUCUGUCGUUUACCUUUCCCAAAACAAUAAGCAAAUAUCUAUAGAAUGUUUGAAUUUGGUGGACGAUGAAGCGGCUCCAAGCGAUUUUAACUACAUAACUUGCAGCAAAGCUUCCGCGGAUUAUUCAUCGCUUCCAACUUGUUUGAAAUCCAAAUGUUGUUGUUAUGCGGUUUCUUGCGUUUAUACCGGAAGUUUGGGCGAUGGAUUUGAGCACAGUUUACAGCUAUUCAAGACCAAAUCUAAAGGUUGGGCACUGCGGACUUUAAAUCACAUACCUGCCGGUGCCUACGUGUGCGAGUAUGUGGGAGAGAUUUUGACUGAAGAGGAUGCGAAUCUUAGGGAGGACGACAGCUAUUUUUUUGAUCUCGGUUUUGAGGGGGGUGUUUCUUAUUACAUAGACUCCAAGUACUUCGGUAACUUGUCGAGGUUCAUUAAUCAUUCGUGCAAUCCAAACGUAUUGCCUGUUAAAGUUUUAAUUGAUAGUCAAGCAGUAGCAGUUCCCAGGAUUGGUUUUUUUGCAAUACAUGAUGUUUUACCAAAUGAGGAGAUAAGUUUUGAUUAUGGAGAGAAGUUUUGGACUACAAAGUGCAAACUGUUUACUUGUAUGUGUGGAGACAAAAACUGUAAAUAUUCAACUGUUGACAAAAACAGGUGAAAAAAAAAAUCAAUAGGUUGUAAUUGUAUGCGGUAAUUUUUAUAUGAUUUUAUAAGACUGUAAAUUCUAGUAAUUAGGUAGGCGCGUUUAUCUUAAUUUAUUCGUAGUCAGUUGGUUAGAUUUAUAAUCGAAUUAGGACCUGAUCUUUUGUAUUUACUUUCUCUGGACCAAUUGAUUUUCUUUAUACAAGUCACUGUUAUGGUAGUACAAUUUUUAUGUAUUAUAAUUUGUUGAUAAUGCAUAAUUUUGUUACUCAAUAAAGUUUAUGUUUGUUUUAA